UGCAUCUGCGCACACACAAACAUAUACAGCAUGGCUGCCUUGUAAACAAUUAAUUAAAGACUGCAGAGUUUAUGUAGUCGGAGCUCUUUGUGUACAACGUGCAAACAGGCAUUCUUCAUCAGAUUACUACAGAGCCCGCUUUUCUCCCUUCUCUCGUCUUUUUCUGUGUUUGAAUGGAGAAGCUGGAUACCCUGGAUCCUGCACACCCUGUGCCGACUGCAGGGCCCGUUACUGGGGUUUCUGUUGCCAAGACGGCAGGGGCUGAGGGAGACGAGGCGGCGGUGGCAGCGGUCAGCUCCAAACUGUUUCGGUGUGCGUGUGUGAGACGUUGGGUACCACUGGUCUACAGAGAGGAACUUUACCAAGUCUUACGCCUCACAGGCCCAUUGCUGGUGUCUCGGAUUCUGAACUUCCUCAUGCCAUUUGUUGUCACCAUAUUCUGUGGUCACAUCGGCAAUGCAGAACUGGCUGGAUAUGCACUGGCCUCAGCGACUUUUAAUGUGACCACAUGUUCAAUAGGCCAUGGCCUCGCCUUGGCUUGUGACACACUAAUUUCUCAGACAUUCGGUGGUAAGAACAUGAAACGUGUGGGGGUUAUUCUCCAAAGGAGCACUCUGAUCCUGCUGCUGUUUUGUCUGCCCUGUUGGGGCAUUCUCAUCAACUCUUACCAUUUGCUGAUGCUCAUGCAUCAAGAAGAUGAGGUGGCGAGAAUUGCCCAGCUGUAUGCUACAGUAUUUUUACCUGCUGUUCCAGCCAUGUUCCUGCACCAGCUGCAAGUUGCCUACCUUCAAAACCAAGGGAUCAUUCUGCCACAGAUGUACACAGCUGCAGCAGCAAACCUUUUGAACCUGGGGGCCAACUACGUCUUAAUCGUCAGCCUCGAGUUAGGAGUCGUUGGAUCGGCAAUUGCUAGCAGCCUCUCUCAGAUCAACAUCUGCCUCCUGUUGUUCGGCUACAUCCGAUGGAAGAAGCUCCAUCAGCAGACAUGGGGAGGCUGGUCCACUGAUUGUCUGCAGGAGUGGGGCUCUUAUAUGAAGCUGGGUGUUCCCAGUGCAUUCAUGACCUGUUUUGAAUGGUGGAUCUGGGAGGUUGGAGGUUUCCUUGCUGGUGCACUCGGGGAGGUGGAUCUCGCUGCCCAGCAUGUGUUGUUGGAAAUAGGAGCCAUAAUAUACAUGUUCUAUCUAGGUGUCCAUGCAGCUGCUUGUGUGCGUGUUGGGAAUGCUCUGGGGGCUGGAAACACUUCCAGGGCCAUAGUCACCUCCAAAGUGGCCCUGGUUCUUACAGCAAUACUUGCUGUGCUGCAGGGUAUCGUCCUCGCUGGCUGUAAGCACAUCCUUGGCUACAUAUUUACCUCUGAUGAAGCCAUUGUGGAGACCGUCUCAAAGAAUAUCAGCGUCUACACAUUUGUACAGUUCUUUGAUGCACUUUUGUGCGUCUGCUCAGGGAUUCUUGUGGGAUGUGGGAUGCAGAAAAUUGCCGCCUUGUCCAACCUGGUGUGCUACUACUUUAUCGGCCUGCCAGUGGGAGUCGCUCUGAUGUUUGCUGCCGAGCUCAGAGUAUUCGGCUUGUGGGUGGGUCUCUUAAUUUGUGUUGUCAUCGAGGCGGGUUUCUUCCUCUUAAUAAUCUUCAGACUCAACUGGAAGAAAGUCACACACAAGGCUCAACUACGUGCUGGGGGGAAAGUGGCAGCCAUCCCAAAGACUCCUGCUCGGACAGUGCUGAAUGAAGCCAUGGUGUCUGAAAUUGCGGACAGCCUUAACACAGCCCAGUUGGAUGGCGAAGACACCCCAGACGGCUACAGUCCAGUCACCACCCAGGAUCAGGAGAUGAAAGCAGGUUAUGAGGCUGUGAACAAGAACACAAAUGCAGGAGGAGCUGAGGGGGAUGCUGAGCAGAGUAAAAAGACUUCAAACACCAAAACUCAAGCACCGCUUUCUGUCACUCAGCUGAUCUUGCGGCGGGGACUAACCUUAUCGAUUUUAGUUCUCAUUUUGGGCAUAGGUGUGGCUUUCCACAUUGCCUACCCUGUGCCUGCGCCCUCCGCCCAGAGCAAGGCCAACUUUACCCUAAAUGGGGCUAAUGACUCCACUCCUACACCACUGGCUCCACUGUACCCAACCCAAAACUUCUGAGCUAUCUUUGACCUCUGAAUGUAGACAUCUGGUGGCUCAACACAGCUCUUACAAACUGGCAUUUAGAUCUCCAAGGCAGAAAACAUUGAAUUCAUAGUUUAUUCAUCAACCUGGGUUGUUAUUUUGUAAAACUACCGCCUGGGUAACACUUUAUUUUAAGGUACACCUAUUCACCAUUAAUUAAUUAAUUAAUUAAUAAGGUGGUAGUACCCCAAGAAUAGUUAUUCUCCCUUAAUACCACUUAAUGAAUAUGGUCUGUUCUUACAUAACAAAACACAAAACUACAAAUAUUAAUAGUGUCAAAAUAACUCUAAAUUAAGUCUUUGUUACUUAGAAUAUGUUCCCCAUACUAAAGUGACAUCUUGAUCAUUACUAAUUCACUAAUAGUUGAACACUUAUUAACCAACACAUGUUCCCUAAUCUAAAGUUGCCUCCUUUUCACAAUUAGUUAAUAUGUUAUAGCACAUAACUACUGCAAUAAACAAGUGAUGGGUUACACCUUUGAAAAAUG